AUGGCUGCCAUUUCAGACAAGGCUAAUUUCUUCCUCGAGCAAUCUGUGCCACAGCUCCGCGAGUUCGAAUCGCUCUCCAUCUUUAGCAAACCCGAGAUCACCUCUAUGGUCAAGAAGCGAUCAAACUAUGAGCAUGUCGUUCUAUCCCCCGGAUCCCUACCCUCCGACUACGCAGACUACAUCCGAUGGGAACGUUCCCUCGAGGCUCUCCGUGCCAAGCGCUGCAAGCGUCUCCAAAUCCGCAAGUCGAGCUCACAUACUGGUGAGGGCAGGAUAUUUGGUCUGUACGAACGAGCAGUCCAGAGACACCCAGGCGAUGUGUCCAUGUGGAAGGAAUAUCUCAAGUUUGCCGCGGAGGUCAAGGCUUCCAAGAGGUGGAGAAAAGUCAUGAGCCGCGCUCUGAGAAUGCAUCCCAACAAACCCCAGCUUUGGGUCAUGGCAGGACGCAGAGCGGCGAGCAACGGCGAUAUGCAAGGAGCUCGAGGCUUCUUCAUGCGCGGUGCGCGGUUCUGCAUCAGGGAUGCCACCGUUUGGAUUGAGUACGCUCGCUGUGAACUUGAAUGGCUGGGCCGCCUCGAGGCACGAAAGGGCAAGAAGGGUGGCGUUCAAAAAGCAGUGGCGGAACAGGCCGAUUACGGCGACGACGCAAUCAUGUUCGGUGAUGAAGACAGCGACGAAGAUGCCGACGAGAAUGGUCGGUUGGUGCUUCCGGACCCAGAUGCCAAGGGUAUCAAGAAGGUAUUCGACGAUGGGGCCGUCCAGAAUCUGGCCAACAACCCAGCACUCGACGGUGCCAUACCUAUUGCAAUUUAUGAUAUUGCGAGAAAACAGCCCUUCUUUGGCGCUGUCGUGGCAGAGCAGUUCUUUGAGAUGUUUGCUGGAUUCUCGAAUGUGUCGGUGCAGCCAAAGAUCAUUCAUCAUGUCCUCGACAGCAUGACCGAAGCAUACCCCAACACGCCAUCCACCUGCAGCUGCCACAUUCGACAGCCGCUUAUUGGCAUUGAUGUCAAUUCUGCCGCUUACCCCAAGGCUUUACGGGAAGCGCUGAACAGGCUGAACAUUGCACUGGGAACGACUACAAACAAGUCUCAAUUGGCUCAGAAAACGAUUGCUUGGAUCGAGCCCAUCCUGGCGGUGGAAGAUCUCGACGCUGGUAUUCGCAUGGUACUAGAACACACGGUCAAGACUUUGCCAAAGCCUUGA